UAUGGAGGAAUCCACCUUUUUGAAUGUUGUUAAACUACUUUUGACGCAAUUGUAGUUAGGAACUAGUAAACAAUUCAAUUUCAACAACUAACUCUUCCUUUUCAUUCUAGGCUGUGGUUUUGUAUUCACCGACUCCGUUAAGUGUGUCGUAUAUUUAAUAUUUAUAGCGCUGAUGGGUAAAUCUGGAAGAGGUUAUUUGAGGGCCUUGUGCUUUGCUUUCGUUAUUGCAGGUCCCAUUGAGAAUCUAUCAACGAAUGCAGGAGAAAUAGUCCGGGUGUAUAGCUGCUCAAAAAUGCUGGCAUUAAAUUUAACCCGAACACGUUUUGAUUUAAUGACAAAACCAUUUCAAAAUACUUUGGUCCACAUGAAGGAUGACAUACGGGAGGUACAAAAAACUUUUGGUGAAUUUCGUAAUGUAACAAAGGCCCUGCAUAAAGAAGUCAUGGAAGAUGAUCCUCCCACAGUAGUGGAUGAGAAUGAGGGUACCUUAAUAACGAAUAAAACUUUGGAUACCAAUAUCACUACAAGAACUAUGCGUCAUAUUAUUACUCGGGAAGGAGAGGACCGACUUUCCCCCGAAUAUAUUGAAGAAAAAUAUAAAAAUAAAUUUCGUAAACGUUGCCAAAUGCAAUUGGACAGUGGCAAAGUCCGCUGCCGCAAAGCCUUUGCCAAUUCUUUGGACAAAUGUCGCGAGAAAAUGCCAUUUAUUUUAAAAACUCUCAUUUGUUGGCCAUUAAAAAUUGAUUUCAUUUGUAAAAUUAAUAUUUUGGGAAACCCGGAGAAAAUUUGUGAUCCUUCCGAUGCCAUACCUGCGGAUUUUGGUCAAACCUAUGUUAAUUUGGUACAAAACGAAAGUAAACUCUACAAAGAGAAUUCUGAUGUUAAGGUCCAUUAUGCCAUAUCAAGUCCAGAAUCAAUGCCAGAAUUUCAGUCUGCCAAAGAAACUGCCAAGUCGGUGGCAAAAGAAUUUAAUAUGAGGAAAAAAGUUUUCGAUUCUAUAUUGAAAAUAAUGGAACAGCUUCUUGCCUUUAUGCUCUUCAGAGUUAUUUUGGCCUGUAUAACAUAUCACAAAAACUACAACAACAAGAUUGAUAAUGAUAAUUUUUAUAUAACGGAAUAUUUCAAACGUAUCGACUAUGAGCGUAAACAAAAGGGUAAACUUAGUUUGCUGCCAUUGAAAAAGUUCGAAAGAACAAAGUUAAUUGAUGUGGAUAAUGUGUGGCAACGCACCAUGGAAGAAUCUCGAGCUGUUGCUUUCCAUUUGCUGCAAUUUGCUUUGGAAAUUAUUGCUGCCAUGUUUUUCCUCUUCCUGGAUUAUGUUAUUGUUACAGUUCUAUUGGUAAUACGUAAAAAUUCGGAAAUUACCUUCGUCCAGGAGGGGGAACAUACCAUAAAGUUUGCUAUUCAUGGAUCUGGUUUAAUUGCUCGUCUUUUGCGGACAACAAUGCGAAAUUUCAAUAUGCAUGAAAGAGUUUCAACAUAUAUGACCAAUGAACCUUGUUUGCCAAAGCCAAAUGUCCUGGAAAGAGGUUUUUACACAAAACUACUUGCCCUAUAUAUUCUGGUCAUAUUCCUAAUAUAUCAAAGUUCGACAUUUUUGCGCAUGCGUCGCUUGAUCUGUGGCUACUUCUAUCGAAAACGUGAAAAGCGGCGUAUUAUCUAUUUGUACAACUGUCUUCUGAGGCAGAGGCGGUCGGCCAAGGAGUCAAUGCUAAAACAAGCCAAAUUGAAUUUUGCAAAUCGUAAAAUACGCUUAAGAGCAAAUAUUCUAUUGAAAUUACGUUUGCGUUGGCCAAAUAGCUUCAAUUGGCUGAGACGAUUAAACGCUGGUCGCCGAAAAUGUGUUAUAUGCGAAGGGCUUGAGAGUAAAUAUGACAACUAA